UGCCACACUAAGGCUCUGUCCUUGAUAAUGAGAGGCUCACAGCAGAGGAGAUGGAUGAGAGGAGACUUCAGAAUGUGGCAUAUGAAUAUCUUUGUCACCUGGAGGAAGCAAAGAGAUGGAUGGAAGCCUGCCUGAAUGAGGAGCUGCCUCCCACGACUGAGCUGGAGGAGGGACUGAGAAAUGGAGUCUAUCUUGCCAAACUUGGAAACUUUUUCUCUCCCAAGGUGGUGUCUCUUAAGAAAAUCUAUGAUCGGGAACAGACCAGGUAUAAGGCAACUGGUCUCCAUUUCCGGCAUACUGAUAAUGUGAUUCAGUGGCUGAAUGCCAUGUCUGAGAUUGGCCUCCCCAAGAUUUUCUACCCAGAAACUACAGACAUCUAUGAUCGCAAAAACAUGCCGCGCUGCAUCUACUGCAUCCACGCGCUCAGUUUGUACCUGUUUAAACUGGGACUGGCUCCUCAGAUUCAGGACUUGUACGGGAAGGUGGAUUUCACAGAGGAAGAGAUCAGUAACAUGCGGCUUGAGCUGGACAAAUACGGAAUUCAGAUGCCUGCCUUCAGCAAGAUUGGAGGAAUUCUAGCUAAUGAACUCUCUGUGGACGAAGCAGCAUUGCAUGCUGCUGUGAUUGCCAUUAAUGAAGCAGUAGACCACCAAGUCCCGGCUGAUACACUUACGGCAAUGAAAAAUCCUAAUGCCAUGCUGGUGAAUCUCAGUGAUCUCCUGGCACCCACUUACCAAGACACACUGUACCGGGCAAAGCAGGACAAGAUGGAGAAUGCUAAAAACCGGAUUGCCUCUGAAAAUUCAGAGAGAGAGAGAGAUGUGUACGAAGAGCUGCUGACUCAAGCUGAGAUUCAGGGCAAUAUCAACAAAGUGAACACACAUACGGCUCUAUCAAAGAUCGAUCUGGCUUUGGAACAGGGAGAUGCAGUAGCAUUAUAUGAAACUUUAACAUCACCAUCUUUGGGGCUCCGAGGUGUACAGCGAGAAAAUUGUGACUGGUAUCUUAAGCAGCUCUUGAGUGAUAGGCAACAGAAACAAGAGAGUGGCCUGACAGGGCCCCUGCAAAAAGAAGAUUUGCAGCAAGGGGUAGAUGCAGCUAAUAGUGCAGCACAGCAGUACCAGCGAAAGCUGGCAUCAGUGGUGAGGAUUAAUGCUGCAGUCCGAAGUGGUGAUGCUGACAAGACUGUGGCUGAGCUGAUGCAUCCAGAGGCCCAGUUACCACAGGUGUAUCCAUUCGCUGCAGCCCUUUACCAGAAGGAGCUUGCCACCCUGCAGCAGCAGAGCCCCAGUGGGAACCUCACACACCCAGAGCUCUCGGUUGCAGUAGAGAUGCUGUCAUCUGUGGCCCUGAUCAACCGGGCUUUGGAUUCAGGGGAUAUGAACACAGUAUGGAAACAAUUGAGCAGUCCAGUCACAGGGCUUACCAACAUUGAGGAUGAGAACUCCCAGAGAUACAUCGAUGCCUUGAUGAAGCUGAAAGCUCAGGCACACAUGGAAGGGAAUGAGUUUAUCACAUGGAACGACAUCCAGUCUUGUGUUGACCGUAUGAACAUCGUAGUGCAUGAGGAACAUGAGAGGAUUUUAGCCAUUGGGCUUAUUAACGAAGCGCUAGAUGAGGGAGACACCAAGAAGACCCUUCAGGCCUUACAGAUCCCUGCAGCAAAACUGGAGGGUGUGACCCCAGAGGUGGCACAGCACUACCAGGACACGCUGCUACGAGCCAAGAGGGAGAAAGCCCAGGACACUCGGGAUGAGACAGCUGUGCUUUGGCUGGAUGAAAUUCAGGAUGGGAUUCAUCGGGCCAACAAGGACACGGAGGAGGCACAGAAAUUUUCUUUAGGAAUUCUGGCCAUUAAUGAAGCAGUGGACCGUGGUGAUGUUAGCCAAACCCUCAGUGCCCUGCGCUCACCUGAUGUCGGGCUUUAUGGAGUCACUCCAGAGUGUGCUGAGACGUACCAGCGAGAGUUGGCAGAAGCGAAGAAGAAGAAAAUGGCAGCAGGGGACAAUGCUAGUGAGUGGGUGAAGCAUUGGGUGAGAGGCGGCUACCAUUAUUACCAUAACCUGCGAAGCAGAGAUGGAGCAUGGGAUGAACCUUCAGGAUUUGUACACAACAGCACACAGCUCUCCCGAGAGGAGAUACAGAGCACCAUCUCUGGGGUUACUGCUGCUUACAACCGAGAGCAGCUCUGGCUGGCCAAUGAGAGUCUGAUCACCAAGCUGCAGGCUUGUUGUCGUGGAUACCUUGUUCGGCAGGAAUUUAACUCAAGAUUGAGUUUCUUGAAGAAGCAAGUCCCCGCAAUCACUUGCAUCCAGUCUCAGUGGCGUGGCUACAAGCAGCGGAAGGCAUACCAAGAUCGCUUGGGGUAUUUGCAAGCGCACAAGGACCAAGUAGUGAAGAUUCAGUCAAUGACCAGGAUGUAUCAAGCCAGAAAGCGGUACAGGAAUCGGUUGCAGUAUUUCAAAGACCAUAUAAAUGAUGUGAUAAAAAUCCAGGCCUUCAUCCGCGCAAAUAAAGCACGAGAUGACUACAAAACUCUCAUCAAUGCUGAAAACCCACCUAUGGUGGUGCUUCGAAAAUUUGUUCACUUACUGGAUCAGAGUGAUCAGGAUUUCCAAGAGGAGCUUGACCUUAUGAAGCUGCGUGAGGAGGUUGUGACCCUGAUCCGCUCCAAUCAACAACUAGAAAAUGAUCUCAAUCUCAUGGACAUCAAAAUUGGGCUCCUUGUGAAAAACAAAAUCACUUUGCAGGAUGUCGUCUCCCACAGCAAGAAGCUUACGAAGAAGAACAAGGAGCAGCUGUCUGACAUGAUGAUGCUGAACAAGCAGAAGGGAGGUCUGAAGGCUCUGAGCAAAGAGAAGAGGGAGAAGCUGGAGGCCUACCAGCACCUGUUCUACCUACUUCAGACUAACCCAACCUACCUGGCCAAGCUGAUUUUUCAGAUGCCUCAGAACAAAUCCACCAAAUUUAUGGAUUCUGUGAUCUUCACACUGUAUAACUAUGCAUCCAAUCAGAGAGAGGAGUACCUGCUGCUGCGGCUUUUCCAGACAGCUCUGAAGGAGGAGAUAAAAUCCAAGGUAGAUCAGAUACAUGAGAUUGUGACUGGCAAUCCCACUGUUAUUAAGAUGGUGGUAAGUUUCAACCGUGGCGCCCGUGGCCAGAAUGCACUGAGGCAGAUCCUGGCACCUGUUGUGAAGGAAAUCAUGGAUGAUAAAUCACUCAAUAUCAAAACUGAUCCUGUGGAUAUUUACAAAUCUUGGGUUAACCAGAUGGAGUCGCAGACUGGAGAGGCCAGGUAUGGGAGCUCCUGCUGCUUUCCUUUGUAUGCUCGGCUGUGUUACGCCAUCUGAUUUUUGCAACCCUGG